AUGAAAGACUAUACUUGCCUCAUUCCAAGCCAAAAGAACAACCAAGAUCAUGAGAAUACCAUGGAUCGGACCACGCUCUAUAAACUUGUUUCAAAAUCGAUUGUGAUGAGGCUAAAAAAUAUCCUCCCUGUGAUUGUCUCGGAAAACCAGAGUGCUUUCGUUCCAGGCCGUCUUAUAACUGAUAAUGCUUUAAUAGCCCUGGAAUUAUUCCAUACUAUGAAGAAGAGGAGUACAGGGAGAAAACGUUUCAUGGCUAUGAAACUAGACAUGAGUAAAGCCUACGACCGGGUUGAAUGGGGUUUUCUGCGACGCCUUCUUCUCACAAUGGGGUUCGAUGGAAGAUGGGUGAAUUUGGUGGUGGAAUGUGUCUCAUCGGUGACUUACUCUUUUGUCAUAAAUGGGGAUGUUUGUGGUGCUAGUAAUGUACAGGAAAGGAAAUUACAUGGGGAAAAAGCUAGCAGGAAUGGGCCAAAUAUAUCUCAUCUUCUCUUUGCUUAUGAUAGCCUCCUCUUUACUAGGGCAACCAGACAGGAAUGCCAAACAGUAGUUGAAAUCCUCAACCAGUAUGAGCUGGCGUCCGGGCAGAAAAUUAAUUACGAUAAAUCUGAAGUGUCCUUUAGUAAAGGAGUAACAGCUGAUCGAAGGGGAGAAUUGAUGAGUAUCCCGAGUAUGAGACAGGUCGACAGACAUGAAAAAUAUCUUGGCAUCCCUACUAUUGUGAGUCGAUCACGAAAAGCAGUCUUCGAAGCUCUUACAGACAGAAUUUGGAAGAGGCUACAGGGGUGGAAGGAGAAACUUCUUUCAAGAGCAGGGGAGGAGAUUCUUCUUAAAUCUGUCAUCCAUGCAAUUCCCACAUAUCUAAUGGGGGUUUACAAACUCCCAGCUACGGUUGUGCAGCGCAUCCAAUCUGCUAUGGCCAGGUUUUGGUGGGGCACUUCGGAAGGAAAAAGAAAGACUCAUUGGAGAAAUUGGAGCUCCAUGUGUACGCUAAAAUGUCUCGGAGGAAGCUACUCUUGGCGUAGCAUAUGGUCGUCGAAGGCUCUUGUAAAAGAAGGUAUUUUAUGGAAGGUGGGAAAUGGCCGUAACAUACACCUCUGGAAAGACCCUUGGGUAGCUGACGCUGAGGGGCGGUUUCUCACCAGCACAACUGUCCCAGAGUUGCUACGAGUCAGCGAUAUUAUUGAUGGAGAAAAAAGAGAAUGGUGCCUUGAUGUUAUCAACAACAAUUUUAAUGAAAGAGAUAGGCAAAUAAUUCUAGCUAUCCCCAUUAGUGAAGCGGACCAGGAGGAUGAAUUAUGCUGGGCUUUCUCAAUGACAGGGCACUACACUGUGAAAUCAACGUAUAUGCUUGGAAAGGGAGGUGACUUUGAUACCUUCCACCAAGCUUGGGUGGAAAUCUGGAAAGCAGAAGUUUCUCCUAAAGUAAAGCACUUCUUCUGGCGCCUCUGCUCAGGCACUCUCCCCACACGAAGCCUCCUGCUCCACAGACACAUGAUAGAAGAUGAUUCUUGUCCGUGGUGCGGAGAUGCAACAGAAACGGUUGAACACGCUCUGGUGGGAUGCUCAAGGGUCAGGGACUUAUGGACAGAGUGUAACUGCGAGCAAAUGACAGAUUGGAGCACUGCAGCAUCUGUUUGUGAUUUGGUGGUGAGCUGGAAAGCCCUGGGCAGUAAGGUUAAGCAACGGGGCAUGUUCCUUGCUUGGUGCAUAUGGGGGGAAAGGAAUCGUAAGAUUUUUGAAAACAAAACCACACCAAAUGAAAUCCUUUCCCAACGUGUUCACAGAUAUGUAGAUGAAUUUGAUAAAUAUAAUGCCCGCAUUUACAAAGCUGUGAACCCCCUUUACAAUCGCAGCUCCAACAAGCUGGAAGCCAAAGGAUUACUUAGAGCUCUGAAUCUGGCAGCAGGUCAUAGCGAUAUUAUCUUGGAAUCUGACUGCAAAAUGGUCAUUGAUCGCUUAUCCAAGGGAGCAAGAUACUCAACUGAGCUGUACACUAUAUCUCAGAUUGCUGAAGGUAGUGAAGCUGCAUCAAAAAGGCUCCUUUUCUAG